AUGGAUUCUCUUCAACACUCUAACUCAAGCACGCCUCUGGAGAGUGAAUCUCCAAGUGUCAUCGAUACCCCGGCCACGGAGUCUUCUAUUUUGAUCGAUAACAUUGAUGAGUUGCUCCGAAGACUUCCACAAGAGAAUCAAUGCAUUCUCGUCACUGGUGGGUUGGGAUUCAUUGGGAGUCACACCUCUCUAGAGCUUCUGAAAGCCGGAUACAAUGUUAUUGUGAUCGACAACCUGAGCAACUCUUUCGAGGUUGUGUUCGACCGUAUCAAUCUCUUGGCUAAAAAGCACCACGAAAAAAAUGGCACAAGUAUGCCAACAUUGCGACUGCACGCUCACGACUACCGUGACACCUCCGCCCUGGAAGAACUCCUUCAGGAGUAUCGCCUGCCCUCCCGCUGGGGCGCACCCAAGUCAAGAAUCGCUGGUGUCAUUCACUUCGCGGCUUAUAAGGCUGUGGAGGAGAGCAUCAAACAUCCGCUCAAGUACUACGCCAACAAUGUGAGCGGUCUGAUUGAUUUUGCUUCGACGCUAGGCGAUUUUGGCAUCAAGACCUUCAUCUUCUCUUCCUCGGCCACUGUUUACGGCACAUUGGCUACUUCGGGCCUUCCCCUGAAGGAAGAGCUGUGUGUUCACAAGGAAGAGCGAGUCACCGAUCACAAUGGCCAGACCAAGACAGUACAGCCAGGAUGCACUGGCAUCACCAACCCCUAUGGCCGCACCAAGUGGAUUUGCGAGACCAUUCUGGCCGACCUUGCAGCCUCGGAUCCUGAGUGGACUAUUGUGGCCCUCCGUUACUUCAACCCUGUCGGAUGUGACUCUUCUGGCCUUCUGGGAGAGGAUCCGCGACAGGCACCCACCAACCUGCUCCCUGUGGUUGUCAAGGUGAUGACCGGUCAAUACGCCGAGCUCCAGAUGUUUGGUACCGACUGGGAGACUUCCGAUGGGACAGCCGUCCGUGACUUCAUUCACGUCACCGAUCUUGCUCGGGGUCACAUCGCUGCCCUCAGCACUGCCAAUGAGGGCAAGUUGCUUGAGAACUUCCGAACUUUCAAUCUUGGCACAGGCUCCGGGAACUCUGUCAUGGAUGUUGUUUCCACCAUGGAGUCUGUCAUUUCUCGGUCCAUUCCCCGAAAGGCGGCGCCUCGCCGUGAGGGUGACGUUGGCUACUGUGUAGCAGUCGCCGACCGAUCUCAUCAAGAACUCAAAUGGAAGACGGAGAAGUCAUUGGAGGAUGCUUGCAAGGACAUUUGCACCUUCCUCGAUGUCAGCGGACUUUCAUCAUGA